AUGUCUAUAACAUUUAAAGUAGCAAAUGUAAGAGAGAGUGAAUUCAAAGGAUUAGAUUUUUCACACCAAAAAUUGUAUGGUGGUAAACCAAAUGAACCAGAAAGAAAAGUAGUUAGAAGUAGUAUCAAAGAAGGUAUUUCAAAGAGUGUAGGCGGUAAUUCAUUUGUUUUAAGUUCGUUCAUUGCGUAUUCAAAUCACCAUUCUUUAAUCAUUCGUCCAGAUGAUAUUUGGAUGGCAAUUUUGGUACAAUUCUCGUCAUAUUUAAAUGCCAACGCUGAACAAUUAAGAAGUAAGAUUGUUGAUUUCCAAGGAAAAAAACAAUUGGUAGUAAGGGGUGGUGGAAAAUUGAUGACAGCAGAUUAUCAAUCAUUAACCAUUAGAAUGACUCAAGAAAUUGAAAAGAAUAUCAAAGAUCCAUCAAUUAGAGAAUGGGCAAACAAACCAUUUUCAACUACAACUCCAAACGAUACAAUGGCAGCAUCAAUUGCAUUAAUGGCAACCGUUAAAAGUUACUUUGACUUUAAAAUGUGUUUAAUGUGUGGUUUACCAGAGGUAACAUUAGAGGGUACCCUCGAUGAUUGGGUCGAUAUAAAGAAUAGAAUUGAAAAAUUAAAAGAAUUUGAUUUCAAAGAUAAUAAAGAUGGUUCAGUUAUGAAAGAUUGGUCUGAAAUGCUCUCACCAAUCAUUGAUAAAAUCAUUAGUUCCGUCAAUGGUAAACCAGAUAUUGAAUGGUGGAAUCGUAUUGCCAGUCAAGAAGGUGCAGGCUCAGGUCCACGUUAUAUCAGUGGUUGGAUUACAGCUUUCUGUGUUUUUGAUAAUGAUGGUAAAUGGAUGGGUAAAAAUAAAGAAAGACAUGAAUUUGGAGGAGGAAAAUUCAACACUGAUUGGAUCUUUGUCAAUACCAAUGACGUCCCAAGAGGUUUCCUCUUUGUACCUGUUAAAAUCGAUGAUAAUGGUACUGAAUAUAAUACAGAAUUCUUUGCUGGUCAUAUGGCUGUUUCAACUUUAAAUAAUUCAAAAACAAUUAAACCAAAUAUUGAUUGGUGUAUUUUAUUAGAAUAA